CAUAAUCAAACAAGAGAAUAGCUGACUAAUUGACACAUAAUUUGCCUACUUGGAAAAUGUAUGGACCGCUAAAUUUGAAGUUUAUACAAAUUAAACUGACAGAUUUCAAAAUGGGAAUUGAUUAUUACGGAAUUCUACAAAUUCCAAAGCAUAGUACUGACCUGGAUAUAAAGAAAGCAUAUCGGAGUUUAGCAUUGGAAUUUAACAAAGAGUUACUCGAAAAUAAAAAUGCCCAGGAAGUAUUUAUGCUCAUUGGAGAAGCAUAUGACGUAUUGAGUAAUCCUUCCAGAAGAGCCAUUUUUGAUCAGUUUGGGGAAGAAGGUCUCAAAAGAGGAAUCCCAACAGUUGACGAUUACAUUCCAGCAUAUCACUACCAUGGAGAUCCAUAUGCUACUUACAAAGACUUUUUUGGAACAAUUUCUCCUUUUGCUGAUCUUCUGGAUGUCCUUAAAAAUCCUCCACUGCUAUAUCAGAUGGCAGACGGAAACAAAUGUGUCCGAAAGAAACAAGACCCCAUACGACAUCCCUUAUAUUUAACCUUACAUGAAAUAUUCUUCGGAGGAGUGAAAAAAAUGAAGAUUCAAAGGCUGGUUUUUAUCAGCAGUGAACAAGAACGAACUGAAGUUAGAGAGAAAAUACUCAAUGUGCCUAUAAAACCUGGAAUUAGACCAAAAACAGAAAUAGUGUUUCCUGAAGAAGGAGACCAAAAUCCAGCUCUGAUACCAGCCGAUGUUAUAUUCAUAACAGAAGAUAGGCCAGAUGAGACCUUCACAAGAGUUGAAGAUGAUUUGAUUAUGACGAGCGACAUAACUUUGGAAGAAGCUCUUCUAGGAACAACAGUAACGAUAAAAACAAUUGACCACAGGACAAUCAGGGUACCUAUAACAGAUGUUGUUUACCCUGGAUAUGAAAAACUUGUCGAAAACGAAGGAAUGCCUAUAUUAGAUCAGUAUCCUAGCAAAGGAAAUCUGAUCAUACGAUUCAAUAUAUAUUUUCCUUUAUAUUUACCACAGAGCAGCAAGGAAGUCCUGAAGAAGGGGUUUCAUUUAGCCAGACUUGGUGGAGGUACGAGUCAACAUGAAGUGAUUAAUAAGUUAGUUUUAGCAGACAAAAUUAUGCGAGUUGACCCUGAUGAACGAUUACCCCCAAUGUAAUUUAUUCAAGUGUUCAAAUUAUUACCUUCAAAAAUAAAGUGAUGUUGAGAAUU